UCUGAUUGGCUGCAGCCCGACCUUUCACUUAUCACGUGGUUUAAAAACUUCAGCAGGAUGGCGCGGGAACUUGUCACACUUUCACAGCGUUGAGCUCUCAGUUUGUCAACGUUUUGUUUACUGGUUUCUCGGGACAAGCUGAAAUUGCCAACAUGAGCGUGUUGGAGGUGAGGUUCGUCGGGGACGGAGAUGUCGUGGAGCACAUCGUGGACAAACAGGAGGGAGUGCAGAGCGGCGCGGGCUCUGUUCAGAAGAUGGUGAAGUUUAAGAGCCCCGCUGGACGACGGGGGGCCAAAGAGGAUUCAGAUCAGGAUGGAGAUGAAAAUACAUUCCUCGAUGAGCAGAAUUAUAUCCAGGCUUUGGGAACAGACAACACAGAAGAAGACGAUGAUGGUUUGUCAAGAGUGGCUGGAUCCUCCAUUUUCACUUUUCAGAAGGUCAAACGCAGCCACAGUAUGGCCCAGACUGCGUGUGAGUUGGCUCGGACACCUGGGAAGAGUGUGAGCUUCAGUAUGACCCCGAACGCAGAGCCUGCCACUCCCACCCGAACGGGACGCAACAACAGAGGUGAAUGCAGGACACCACAGAGGAGUAAAAAGGUUCAGUUUGUCUCCACAACACCACACAGGCUGAGGAAGAGGAUGACAACUCCCAGCCUCCGGUCGGACAGUGACAGCGAGCUGUCGCCCUCUGACUCUGGGGAGGAAGAGGAGAAUGAAGACGGGCCAGAGGAAGAGCAGAAAGUAAAGAAAGAAGAGAAGGAGAAUGUGAAGAACCCAAGAACUCCUAGUAAAGGUUUAUCUGCAGCCCUUUACAAGACACCCGCCAAGAAGAGCAAGAACGCCGCUGAACCUCUGAACCAGCCCACUAUGAUAGAGGAGUAUUUCGAGGCUCACGGCAGCUCGAAGGUCCUGACAUCUGACCGCACCCUGGAGCGUAUGCACACCCCAAAACUUGACAGGGAGACGCUGGUCCAGCUUCUAGAGGGAAAAGCAUCCUGCUACGCAAAAGAGAUCCAGCAGCUGCACAACAAACACAAAAAGCACUUUAGCAAAUGGAUGUUACAGUUACAGUUGGGGUUCAGUGUGCUCGUCUAUGGUUUGGGCAGUAAGAAAGCUCUGCUGGAGGACUUUCGUGUAUCUUAUUUGUCUCAAGAAUUACAUGUUGUGGUCAAUGGAUUUUUCCCUUCCAUCACCCUUAAAUCAAUAUUAAAUGCUCUGACAUGUGAGGUUCUGGAGCACCAGGGAAGUUUCCGAACACCCUCAGAUCAGAUCCAGUUCAUAGCUCAGACCCUCAAAGACAGCCCAGAUCUCCACGUGUACUUGCUCAUCCACAAUAUUGACGGACCGAUGCUUCGAGGAGAGAAAACCCAGAGUGCACUAGGGCAUCUGGCAUCCCUCCCCAACCUGCACUUGUUGGCUUCUUUAGACCACAUUAACGCUCCACUGGUGUGGGACCAGUUUAAGCAGAGUCAGUUUAACUGGCUGUGGUGGGAGUGUGUGACGUUCCAGCACUACUCAGAGGAGACAUCGUACGAAAACUCUCUCCUCGUGCAGCAGACGGGAGCUCUCGCUCUGUCGUCCCUCACGCAUGUGCUCCGCAGCUUGACUCCCAACGCAAGAGGAAUCUUCAAACUGCUGGUAAAAUUCCAGCUGGAAAACAAAGACAAUCCUUCAUACACAGGAUUGUCGUUCCAAGAUUUCUACCAGCGUUGUCGAGAGGCCUUCUUGGUGAACUCUGACCUCACGCUGAGGACUCAGCUGACGGAGUUCAGAGACCACAAACUGAUUAGGACACGCAAGGGUGCAGAUGGAGUGGAGUGCCUGAUCGUUGCAGUUGAUGCAAGCACGUUGAUGGAUUUCCUGGAGAACGAGGAGGGCGACUAAGACCUCAGACUUACUUCACUCAUAAUUUAUGAACUGUCUUUUCCAGCAAACAUUUUAGUUGUGUCGAUGACUAUUAAAGACUUAAUUACAUCCGAUUAAAUUUGAUAGCGAGCCCUGCCUGCACGAUUUAAAUCAAAAGUCCCGGUAAAGUAUCUUGUCUUGUUCUCAAUGUCCCUCCGUAGCACUGUGACAUACACACUACGUGCAAUUAAAGGCAACACUUGAA